ACCACUUAAAAUGACCAGCUUCUAUCACAUAUCACAUUCGUUCAGGGUUAAAAUAAACUGGGACAGCGACUGGUACGCGACAAUCUAUAGACGCAAAAAACAAACAAAAACUACUGGUGACGAAUCCAAGCUUUGUUUUCCUUGCUGACAAGCGAAGAAGAAGAAAUAAAAACUCAAAAAAACGCUGCAUCACUAGAACUGCCUUGAGUUGUCGUCUUGACCUAUGACCCAGUCCAGUAGCCUCGUUGCUACACACACUGGAGGAGGCGAGACGCUGUGCGCGCGAUGGAACCUGGCAAACGCUCGCUGGCUCAUGAACUCUCAGGUUGCCUAGGUGAUGGGAGCAUGACGGCUUGGUACCUUCUCUCCCCCUCCCUUCUCAUUCCUCCGACCACCCACUCCACCCCGUCCCCACCUCCUCCCGAUUUCCCCGAGCUCGACUACCUGCACUCGAGUCGAAAAAUCGGUCACGACUUCAAGCCAGUAGCGGCUGCGACAUGGAGGUGGUCGGCAGGCCUGAUGGUCAACUUAGUUCUCACCGAGGUCCCACAAAAUGGAACUGAGUGCUAGUCCAGCAAGGCGAACCUUGCAGUGGCAAACUUCUAGAACCUACCUUCUCGAGUACCUACCAAGCCUAAGGAGAAAUGUGAUCAUCAGAUAAAAAAAAAAAUGUUAAAAAUAACUGCCUGGAAAUAGGAGCACCGGAAAAGUUAUAAGGCUGAGAGACUCAAACCUCAGCUGUGACCGACAUCAGACGGGGAGUCUAAAGCUUUAAUCAUGAGACAGAAAAAUGUCAAACAUCACAAAACUCGGCGUCAGACGGCCACAUGACUUGUUCUGGAUUCUGCUCGCAUCUUCUGGUCCUUAAGAAACUGGGAGUGUGCCGGUUGAUGACGUCAUUAAGAGCGGCCACUCAUUGACACCUCAACCAGACAAUAGGGGGCGCCACUUACGUUGUUCUGCAAUUGAAAGCGACAAAAGAAGUUUUGUCAUCGCCCCGAGCUAUCGGAUGAUAACGCACGUCGACAUCGGCAACAGAACAACCCUGGGACACCCUCGGGUCUGCAAGGACCUCACAACUAUUCUGCGGCGAAAGGAAUUUCUCUGGACCAGCGUGCGGCAUGAAGUCGACAUGGACAGCGUCUGCGGCACUGGCUGUGUGGUGGCUCCUGACUUUGUUCCUACAGGCAACAGACUCGUCAGGAUAUGGGACUGACACAUCAGGAAAGUGGUGUCCUCGCAUGCAUACGAGACUGGUGACCUGCCUUCAGCCUCAGGUCGACUGGAGCAACGGACAAGCCAUCCAUCUCAAGAAAAGGGUUUACCGCUGGAAAAAAGAAGUUCAGUGGACUUGCUGCCCUGGAUUUCAAGGUGCAAACUGUGAUGAAGAGUGUUUCAACUGUACAGUGUUGAGUGACAUCUUGUCCAGGCUGUCCCACGCCGAACUGGCAAUCAAGAAGCACUUCAGCUCUUCUCAGCGCUCAGCAUACCACCCCUCAUCACAAGGUGCCUCCGGUUGUAAAUGCCCUGCAGGUCCGAAAGGAGAAAAGGGGGACAAAGGUGAACAGGGACCACCAGGUGUCCCCGGGCAAAAGGGACCACCCGGAGAAAGCCCGUUCAGUCAGGGACCAUCUCCAUACAAGCAGGCUGCACUUGCAGGCCAGCCGGGUUUGCAGGGGCCGCCUGGUCCCAAAGGGGAACCCGGCGAACCAUGUGAACCCGGAACUCCAGGGGAUAGAGGGAAGAAAGGUCCACGAGGAAAACCGAGCCCGACCGACGACUACAAAGAAAAAGAACACAGUUCGCGAGUCACCCUACUGGAGUCCCGCGUCCAGGUUUUAGAAACAGAACUGAACUCCUUGCAGAAUGUCCUGAACGCGUCUUUAAAACUUGCUGACCAGUUUGAUAUUCUUCAAAAGCGUGUUAUCCUGCUGGAGGAAAUAUUUCUCAGACUGUCAGAAGCGUCCAAAAACAGUCCCAAUGCCACGCAAGGUGUGAAGGAAGGGGCCAUCGCCAUGAGUCCUCCUGUUCCCGUGGACCGCACUGCAGGCGGGCAUCCUCCGGUCCAGGAAGAGGUGCAGGCCUACCGAAAGCUGCCCUCCGGUGACAUCACAGAGGAGGGUGCUACCCGCGCCUGCAGCUGCAUGACCCCGCCGAGACCCCCACCCCCUCCCCCCAUCCCCGCCGCCGUCCUGCGGCAACUGUUUCCGGGUCUCAACGUCACCCGCGACCUGCUCACCAAAAAGGGUUUCUGCCGCCUGGCGAGAAACGAGCUCAGGGAUCUCUUGACCAAGAUCUCUCUUCUGACUGCAGACGGCGAGGAGCAUCCGCAGAGCGAGAUGCCCACAUGGUCGACAAUGGCCUCCAUGACGGUGCCUUUUGGAGAAGAAGCGGGCCAUCGGGAGUCGAAGAUGAUUAAGACGAUCGACUUGACGAAAGGGUGGAGAAGCACUGCUGACGCAGACCCCAACUCUCGCGCGGAUCUGGAAGAGGUGAGGCGGGACAUCGAGAAGGAACUCGCCAUGGAGUUGGGCAGAACUCGGUCUUGGGGCAGGAAGGAUAAGCUGCCCAGCAAGGUCCUGGUGUUUGGACACACUGUGUUGUUGUUGCUCCUGAUUCGAAACUGAAACCAAAGUUGUGUGCCAUGUAUGUGGGCUGAUACAAAGCAAGUAGUCGUGUUUCUUAGCAUUGCUUCGUUCAUUUGGGAUGAUUAGAAGAAUGUCUUAUCGUGUCAUCUUUCUGAUAAAAGAAAUUGUGGAAUGGCAGCAUUUUUCUGUAUUUAAAAACACGGAAUCGGAAGAGAGUAGGUGAGAACUAAGAUGACGAGACGGGACUUGACACAGUGUACCCACCCUUCCCGCUGAUGUCACGACCUAAUAAUAGCAACACACACACCCUCCACUGCCUACUUAUAUUAGGGACUUACGAGAUAGCAUCCGUUUAUACCUACCCUUAUAUGCUCAUGAUUAUGGCUUAAUGAUAGCAAUACCAUUUUUACACACCACAGCCCGCUCAGGUCAAGGGUCAUGAUGACAACACUUCAGUGCUCAUGCAGGAGACUUUCGCUAGCACGCGUGUGCGAACUGUGCAUAAUUAUUCUCCUCACUCUCUGAUCUUUAGGAGAGAAUAGCUUGGCUGAGUGUAUAGUACUCAGUUAUCUCCACAAAGUGACUUUGUUAUAACAGGUUUCACACAGACAGCGCAGUGCAACAGAGAAAGAAAGAAAGAAAAACACUGUACACGGAAUGACAAUUACUUAUUAAUAAUAUGAUAAGCAAACAGCGUACGGGAGAGAGGAAACAAUAACAACGAAAUUCCACAAUUUAAACAUGAACGAAACACUAAAAAUGUUAGGGUACAGAGUAGUGAUUAUAAUAUUGGCCUAUUUUUUUAUAAAAAUAUUUUUAAAAGUUGAUGUACCUUGAGUCCUGAUGCAAUCUGUGUAUGUGUGUGUGUUCGUUAGAUUUACUGUAAUUUUACUUAUUUUGGUUCUUAUUUAUCGAUAAUGGAUGGAGAUGUAUGUAUUGUAUGUUAAAGUGAAAUCAGCAUUGCAUAAUUUUCUUUUAAAAAAAUACAUCGCAUGACCGGUAGUGAGAGAACUCUUGUUUGGGUGUAACAUAAUGUUCUAUAUAAAAAUACAGCAGUGUAUUUGGUCAUUUAUAAUUAUUGUUGUUUUACAUUUUUAAGAUGUGGAUGUAUAUUUGAUGUUGUCUUUAAACUGCAAUGUAAUAACGACCACGAAUAAGUUUAUGAACCCGUAAUUGUAUAUAAUCUGUCUAAUAAAUUUGGUGCAUUAGAAAUUUUA